AUGGGAUUAGCUCCAUCCCGUCGUCUGCUUUACUCUGGCAGUGAUGCCCCGCUAUGGUUUGUCAGUGCUCCUUCUGAACUCUGUGCGAAUGAAAAGCAUCGAGAACAGGAUAAUGGUCACACCUCUGCAGUGAAAGAAUGUGUUUUGGCAUCAACUGAUACAAACUUACCACCUCCUUCCUUUUCGCAGCUGCGUCUGGUGCCUCUUAUUAAACGUUACUUUCCAUCAUCCGAUAGUGUUUUGUUCAAACAGUUAUUAGAGGCCCGUAAACAUCAACACCCUCGCUACCAUUUCCUAUGCAAACAGUUUUUACCACCUACAGCAUAUAUUGACCCCACAGCCCAUUACUAUGAUCUGGAACUACGGGAAUCUGAAAAGGAAUCUGUGGGAAAUGAGGUAUAUGAAACCAUAUUACCGGCGACUAAGGCGCCAUUUUCUUCUGCAGAUGUUAUGUAUGAAUUAUUGGUGGAGAACACGGAGAGGAUUCUUUUUGAUAAUGAAGAAGAACUUAAAGAAGCAAUGCAAGCCAAUAUAGAUGAAUCUUAUAAUAAUAAUAAUAAUAAUAAUAAUAAUACUACUUCUAAUAAUGUUUCUGGUGGAAAAUCCAAUAGUGGUAAACACCGACGUAUUCGUCCUGUGCCAUGUGCUGUUCUCAUACUACGCUGCCAUGGUCCUGCUGUACAGGUAUGGAAUAAUAACAUUGCGUCCUUUGGUUUAGCGAAUGCCGUAGAGGCAAUGUCUCUUUCUCCUAGAGGACGAGAUGCGACCGUUGUAGUAGAGGAUGGACGUUCUUGGCUUGUAUGGGAAAUGAAUGGAGUAAAGAUGAGUGGUUGUAUGGGAGGUUUUUACGGUUGUUGGACAUUGGAUGAACUUCUUCACUGUGGGAAUCAUGAAGAUAUGAUUAAAAGCCCUAAAUCUAAAAUGAUUUCUUCUUUUCCAUACUCUUCUACAGGACCUUUUGGUCUUGUUGAGAGUAGUCUCAUCGUUUCAGGAUGUGUAGAACGUGAUGUUGGAGAGCGUGAACAACCACAUGCUUGGGUAGCCGCUUGUCGAGCUUUUUCGAAUACCAUAAUAGAAUCAUUUCCGAAUUCUCAAUUACAUCAAAAUAAUCAACAUCAAAUUCCACUACACCCUGUUUCUAUGUUGAGGCAACUUGAUCUAAGUUUUAUUCCACUGCUUUCAAAUAUACCUCAGAUGCAGUUAUGUAGACAGGUACAUCUCUUCAUGAACAUUAUGGUGGAUUUGGCACCAGAGAUCCCAACACUGGCUAAACUCCAGAUGCUACUUCGAGAACGUAAUAACAAACAAGUUUCUGGAGAUUCACGUACAAUACCUUUUCAAGGAGAUCUCAACAAGGAAUAUAUUUUGGAAGCAGCAAAUAAUACUGUGUCUGGAGUACAAAGAUAUGGGGGAGAUGAAAAACAAAUGAAUACGGAAGAAUCUAAUAAAGGGAAUGGUGUACCAUCACUGACACUACCUUCAUCAUCUUUUAUAUCACUGCAGGAAAAAGGAAUUUGCAGUUACAUUGCUGAUGGUGCUGUGGUGUUGCGCCUUUCUAAUGACAGAGUGGUUGAAGCAUUACAAAAGUUAUCAUGUAUCCCACUAAGUGAUAGUACCGAAAGUAUUGUGAUGGCUCUUACUUCACGGGUACCACCACCAUUACAGUACCGGGGUGAGCUUCGUCCUCCUAACGCGUAUGAUAUGUGUAAAGAAAAGCUUUCCGGUGUGGUUCGUCGAGCAGAACCCUAUGCUUCUGAAAGUCUUCUUCUUUCGUGGAGUCAGUUACAAUCUCAGGAUGUGUUUUCAGUAGGUCGUGAAUUUGAUGGUGUUCCAUUUUCUUUUCUCAUUGCCCCUGAAUUACCACCAGAUUUUACAGGAGGAGACGGAGGAGGCGGUGAUAGGUCUAAUUUGGGUACACAAUGUCCUGUACCUCAGAAAAAUCCAAAGCAUUCAGCUUGUUCAGGACCUUUAAAAGUACCAAAUAUCUCUGUGUCAUUUGGAGACUUAAUUCGAUGUGAUCUUGUGAAUGGUUGUUGGUAUAUUGAUCGACAACUACAUGCAGAGGAUGUGGCAUUAUCUUGGAUGCGACGUGUGGCUGGAAAGGCGCGUGAGUCAAGAGAUUUGGAUGAACAUUGGUUGCGGUUUCCACAACAAGAGGGCGAAAUAAUGGAUGAGGGAAAUGAGAAGAACAGUGAAACAAGUAGUAAUAUAAAAGGGGUGAUGGUACGUCUUGGACGCUUUCGGCCAUGGCAUGUGCAGCAUGAUGGUUAUUCUUAUUUUCAUUGUAUUACUCUGCGUGGAACUGGUCCACCACCAACAGAUGCUGCUGCUGCUGUUACUACUGGUGUUGGGAAAUCAACCGAUCAAGGUGCAGAGGCAUUUGUAAAUGCUGGUACACCACGAGCACCUAAAAAGAAGAAGGGCAACACUACCACUACCAAUACCACUACUACAAUACCAGCCACGGCAGCAAUAGCAAGAACAACAACAACAACAGGAGGAGGAGGAGGAAAUUCAACAGGGACGUCAAGAACAACAGAUAUGAUAGGCAACCGAUAUCCUACUUUUGAUGGUGGAGCUAUGGAUAGGUACAUGGACUCUUCAUCAUCGGCCCCAGUAAACUACUACCCCAUGGACCGUCGAAUGCCCCCCAGUCCACAGAAUCCACCGACACUCCCUCUCUUCCACCGCCCACCGUCCUUCCGGCAGUCUCAAUCGAUGCCGUACCCGGCGGCGGUGGGGUCGGAGUCGCGGGAGGAGCCCACCCUCACCGUCUCCCGGCUGGUGGAGGGGUGGGGGACCUUCGAGAUGGAGCGGGUGCCCAGCCAGUGCAGCAGCCCCAGUGCCCUCGGCCCCCGCUCCCAUUCCCUGCAUCUCCAUCCACCCUCGCUGCCCUCCCCCGCCGGCACGCAACUCGGCGGGUGGGAUACACCGGGCGGUGGCUCCCCCGCCGCCCCCGCCGCUCUCAGUCGCCCGUCCUUCUCAUGGCGUGGAUACUCCCCGCAGAAACCGGGAGGGACACCCACCUAUAAUAGUGCAGCUCCACACGUCUCUUGGCGUGUGCCGAGUCCAUUCACCGUCUCCGCAGCCUCUACGAUGAGUUAUCCCUCCACGCGAGGGUCUCACAUUGGACCAGUGCCAUUCAAAAUAGCACGGGUUCCAGUUUUGAAUCAUACAAGUAUUACUGCAGGGUCACAGCCUUUGGUGAAUGCGAUGGAGAGCCCAGCAUAUUCAGGUAUUAGUGUGGGUUCAUUUGGUGGGGAACAUGUGGGAUUUGCAGUGACACCACCUCCAAUUGCGAAUUUGUCAUCUAUGGAUAUGGGACACUUGCCAUCGUGUGAAGCACGUACUGCUCGUCCAUCAGAUAACCGCAGCAGAGACCAGAAACGUAAAAUUAUAGUUUCCAUCAGUGAUGUUGAAGUGAGAAGUAACAAUAACAGCGAUGAGAAUGACGACAAUGGUAGGAGUAGCGGAGGUACACAAAACAACAACAACAACAUAAAUCAGUAUGACAGCAGUGGCAGCAAUAAUAAUAAUAGUAAUAAUAAUGGUAAUAAUAUUACUCUAACCAAUAAGUUUUACCGUGAGAGACAGGGAUCCACUGUAUCAAUCCCUGAAUAUGAAUUGGAAAGAAGCAGACGUUCACCAUAUGAUGCGCUUCGAAACAGUUCACCGGAGUCAAAUCUAUCGCUUGCAUCCUCACCACAUUCAGGAGUACGUUUGUACAAAAAUAACCAACAACAAUACCGCUGGAAUCCUUACGGUUCACAACCCUCUGAAGAAUGA